CUUCCGCAAGCUCAUCUGAAAUGGCAAGCUCCCCUGCUUCCUUCUCCGCCCUCUUCUCCCUAUCAUUAUUAUUAUUCACCACCACCACCACCACCCUUCUUCUCCCGACCUCCUCAGCUUCUUCUUCUUCUUCCUCCUCCUCCUCCUCUUCUUCUGCAUCUCUCUUUUCUCCACUGUUCGAGUCCUGGUGUGAUCGCCAUGGUAGGGUCUACAACAGUCACGAGGAGAAGCUCCACAGGUUCAGAGUUUUUCAGGACAAUCUCGCCUUCAUCACCAACCACAAUCGAAACUCUAAUUCAUCCUACACCCUCGGCCUCAAUCAAUUUGCCGAUCUCACAAGCGCCGAGUUCCGGGCGUCCCGCCUCGGCCUCGCUCCCUCCAUCGCCUCCGUGACCAGGCGACCCUCGACUGAAGUUCUCUUCGAUGGUGCUGUUGGCGGCGAUAUCCCGGCUUCGGUCGAUUGGCGCAAGGAGGGCGCCGUUACCCCCGUCAAAGACCAGGGGAGCUGCGGUGAUUGUUGGGCAUUCUCAGCUACUGGUGCCAUAGAAGGUAUAAACAAGAUUGUCACAGGAAGUUUGAUCAGUCUCUCUGAGCAAGAGCUCUGUGAUUGUGACGGUUCUUAUAAUAGUGGUUGUAACGGAGGACUUAUGGACUAUGCAUUCAAGUGGAUUAUACAGAAUCAAGGCCUAGAUACUGAGGCAGAUUAUCCAUAUAAAGGAGUGCAAUCAACAUGCCGUCGAGAAAAGCUAAACCAGCGUGUUGUUACGAUUGAUAGCUAUUCUGAUAUUCCAGCAAGCAAUGAGAAACUUUUACUUCAGGCUGUUGCAAAACAACCUGUUAGCGUUGGUAUAUGUGGAAGUGAGCGAGCUUUCCAAUUAUACUCGAAGGGCAUUUUUAGCGGGCCAUGCUCUACUUCUUUAGAUCAUGCGGUGCUUGUUGUUGGAUAUGGUUCAGAAAAUGGUAAAGAUUACUGGAUAGUUAAAAACUCAUGGGGAGCAAGUUGGGGUAUGAGUGGCUAUAUUCAUAUGCUUCGUACUAGUGGGGACCCGCAAGGAGUUUGUGGCAUAAACAUGCUAGCUUCAUAUCCCAUUAAGACUGGCUUGAAUCCUCCUCCGCCUACACCAGAGCCAGUUAAAUGUGACACUUUUAGUCGCUGCCCUGCUGGAAGUACCUGCUGCUGUACCCGUCAUCUUUUCCGAAUCUGCAUUUCAUGGAGUUGUUGCAAUCUGCCGUCUGCUGUGUGUUGUAAAGAUCAUCGUUAUUGCUGCCCAUAUGAUUAUCCCAUCUGUGAUUCAGUGUCAAAGAAAUGUUUAAGGGGAAAUGGAAAUUCAACAGGAAUAGAAAUGUCGGAAAAGCAAUCUUCUUAUAGUGUAUCCUUCUAGCUUCUCUGCAUAGCAACUGACUGGUACUGACGUUUGGAUCCAGAUGAUGGUCAAGAACCAAUCCCCUGCAUGAGUCUUUAAUUUGAUGAACUUGAUAAGGAUGCAACAUAGUUCUUUUGGUGGCUGAUCCUAUUUCUAAGAUCAUCUCUUGGUUUUACAACUUUCUGCUGUCAGAUCAGAAUUCAGAGUGCACGAGCUUUCUCCAAAUCUAUUCAUGGUUAUCACUUAUAGUUUGUGAAGGAUGGUCAACAAAUUCAUAGGUGUGGUUGUUGUAAUUUGUGUAAUGCUGUAGCUUAUAAGAUUUUGUCAUCCUAUAAAUCUAUUUUUGUCAUUGAACUUGUGCCCUUCAUCACAAAAAGGGGAAAACAAAGAACUGAAAUGCAUGUGAAACAAACUUAAUCUUUUAUUCAUAUAUGAUUUAUCUGGCUCUUAAGAGGGGUGUUUGUGCUAUUCUUACA